CAAGCUACAUUGAAAUAUUAUGUCAGAAGGUGUGAACUCUGUCAACAGUAGCAACUGCAGCAGAUGUGUAAUAAAAUUUAAUUUAAAUAUGAUGCGGUUUUGAUGUUCUAAAUAGAGCACAUAUUGUUUGGGCAUUUGUAAGCAGUGUAACCAACAUUAUUCAAAUAUGUAUUUAAUUUGAAUCCCUAGAUAAACAGGUUUCGUAUUAUACUUUAGCAAGAGUCCAUAUACAGGCUGAAAACGUGGGUGUCUCUCAGGAAGUGAAAGAGGACAGCUACCUACAGGAUGGGCUGUUUCUGUGCUCUGCUUCUUACAUGUGUCAUUGCAAAUUGGUGUGGGUAAUGGGUAGGACAUGUGUGUGAAAUAUUUUGUUCAGCUGUUAACAUUUUUCAGUGCCCUUGUGCCAUAUGGAUUAAAUUGUUCAGAGUCAUGUAGCAACACUACUCUCAACAUUUGGCUGGGCUCGGAGGUCUUGCUCCCAUGCAGCCUUUUGAAAAGUGGAAAAACCGAAGAAGUCAGGUGGAGCCAAACUUCCAGCCUUCUGAGCAUCGGGUCUUCUGGAAAUGUCACCUUUGAGGAUCCUAGGGAUGGCAGAUUGACAGCAUUCCCCUUCCUGUUUGGCAGAGGAAACUUUUCCAUCCUCGUUCAUCAGUUUCAGGCCUCUGACCUGGGCAUCUACUGCUGUCAGCUGAGCCACGAGUGCCAGAGAGUCGAAAUAAAGCUCUCGCAAAGUUUAGAAAGUCACAAAGGAGGCUUAAAUUUCCCAUGGUACUACAUUGUUGCUGGAGUUGGAAUAUUUAUUCUGCUUGUGACUGUAUUUUGUCUUAUCUACAAAUUCAGAGCAGGAAAGUGUCUAAACAGUGCAUCUGAUUCUUAUUACGUCAACCAAGAACAAAGGGAGGGAGAACAUAGAGAUCGUGUUGACCGCACCAAGGUUGAUGAGUGUGAUGGUGAGUAUGAAGACAUAGAGAGUGAUACACAAGGGGCGGAUUAUGAAAACGCAUCAGGAGAAGAUACAAUGAGGGAAGAGCAGGACGAGGAUUAUGUAAACACUGAGAGAAGAAAUGGUCAUGAUCAGUAUUAUGAUACUGACAGAGAGUGCCCUGCUGAACACCAUGUGGAGAGAGAUAUGCAAGGUUACCAUGACAAUGAUGUCUAUGAAAAUGAUGAGCACAAUCCCAAACAAAAGUCAAAAGUCCCCCCAAAAGCAGCAGCAGCUUUCAGAAAAAUGCCAAAUCAGCAGCCGGGUUCAGUAGGACUGUACUAUGCCAAUCAGUCAGAGAUAGACAAGUCUCGCUGUGCUAGGAACAGAAACAAAGACAAAGAUUAGAGAUGCAGUUCAACCUAAUCAAGGUUACACGGACCCAGGCCAGUGGGAAGAUAGAGAGAGGCUGCAACAGAAGAUACCGGGGUGACAGUCAGAGAAAAGCUCUUAUGGCUUAGUGAUUUUUACUGAAAUAAAAUUAUACAGCACAACCUUGCAUUAUUUUAAUAAAUCUAAAUAAUAGAUUUUGUGCAUUUUUUUGGACUGAUUAUUUAUUUAUUUUAAAGAUUUUAAACUUCUUUUUUUUUUUUUUUUAAGUUAGCUAAAACAAUUUAACAAACCAAAAACUAUACUUGUUUGGUUGGAUCAAUACAUUUAUGGAUUAAUUAAAUGUGUAUAUACACCAUACUGUGAAGUCUUUACUUGCAUUCUUGUCUAUGCUGAGCAUUAGUUUAUUCUUUUUUUCUUCUAGUUUUUGUACCUUUGAGUCUCUUUACAUUUCUACUGUUUGCUUGGUUUUCACUUGUGCCUGUUCUCAUCAAUGGAUUAGAAUAUUAAUUAAAUGCCUAGCUGUAAUGUUAACCAUUUAAGAACGCUAACAUGACACAAAAUCAGCCUUCUUAGAUUUGAUCUGUUGGAUUUGACCCUAGAAAACAAUGAAGCAAUAAAAAUUAUAUUAG